CUAAACCAAUCAGAAUGACGGAUAAUGAAUUAUUUCUUAUAAUUAAUUCUAUUGCUUAAUAAACCUAAGUACAUACAAAGAAAAAAAGAGAAAAACAUCCUUUCCUUACUAAUAUAGAAAAUUAUAAAAAAGGAUUCAUUUGAAUACCAAUUUAUGGUAUACAGUAAUAGUCGGUUUUAUAUCAUCAAUACUCCUAUACAAUAAUUACAAUAGAUUAAUGAAUAUGAUUUGCAUGAAAUUCUAUUUAUCAUCAUUUAUAAUUAUUGUAUUCUCUAUUGUAUUGAACAAUUGUAAUCGGAUGAUACAUGAAUAUGAUGAACCACUCAUGGAUUUUACUAAUUCCGAUUACAUGAUGGACUUUCCCAGAGAAGAAUUAUGGUUUAAACGGGUACAUGAACGUAGACUUAAAAAGAAAGACCGAUUACCAAUAUCAGUUAAACGUCCACAGAAGUCAGCAAGUUACUACUAUGAUCUUUAUCGGCAAUCAAUGUUACCAACCAAUGAAUUUCUUGGUUAAAAGAUCAAGAAAUGUCUAUUAAUUGACUUAUAUUGUUCAUUUAUAUGUACGUAUGUAUGUUCUAAAGAAAAUAAAGAUAAAUAAAUGUUGAAUGUUUAUUAGUUA